CCCUACAAACAUGAGGCAACGAGUAGUCCAGUAGUGAAAGAAGCUUCUAGUUCGCAUCUCAUUCCUCUCUCUCUCUCUGCUCAUUCCCCAAUGGCGAAGCGUCUGAUCCCUUCUUUCAACCGCGUUCUCAUCGAGAAAAUUGUUCCUCCUUCAAAGACCAACUCCGGUAUCUUACUUCCAGGGUCAACCACCAAGCUGAACUCUGGAAAAGUUGUUGCUGUGGGCCCGGGAGGUCGUGAUAGAGAUGGCAAACUUAUUCCUGUCAGUGUAAAGGAAGGAGACAACGUUCUCUUGCCUGAAUUUGGAGGAACUGAAGUAAAGCUUGGUGAUAAAGAGUAUCAUCUGUAUAGAGAUGAGGAUAUCUUGGGAACUCUCCAUGACUAAAGCAUGGUACUUCACUAUCAUUGUUUCAAGCGUUCGUGUCCCUGCUCAGCACGAGGCAGUUCAGGAUAAAUGGAGAAAAGAGGCCUUCUUAUCCCUGGAACUUGAGAAUUUUGUGCUUUUUUGCAUUAUGUAACUCUUAUAAAGCUAGACACUACAGUAUUGCUGUGGUUUAAACGGACAAGAUGAGGAUUUGAAGACAACUCUAUGAUGUUUCAUCAAAGACUGCAGAAAUAAUGAAUUUCCCAUUUGACUUACUAUUA